AUGACCAAACGUGGUUUAUCUUCUGAUACCACCAGUCGCAGUGGCAAAGCAUUACGACGUGAUGAUCCCAUGGUUCUCGCUGCUGAUGCUUCAGAGUUAUCCACGGCACCAUCAAAUCCACUCGAUCGAGGAACCACAUUGGGCUCACCUUUUUCAGAAGAAACCUCAAAAAGUCUUCCAGAAAGCGAUGUUGCAUGCUACAUCUCGCUACAAAGCACCUCGGAUUACGACAGCGAAUACGACGAGGAUGAUGACGAUGAGUAUGAUGAUGGUCAGGGCGCUUUCACAUUUGACACGAGACAUGAAAGGGCUGCCAUCAAAGGACAAGCAGGGGCUGACAACAACCGUAUGCGUGUAUUUGGGAUCGAGAUCAUGGACAGACGAUUUGGCGCAGCUAUACGUGAUUACCUGUACAAGGAAAAUGCCUUUCCCUCCAAAAACGAUGACGCCUGUAUCCAUCUUUGCAAGCGAGUCCUUCGUAUUCCACAAGAAGAAGAGAUUGGUGCUACGGAUCAACUUCAAAAAAGGUUCAACAGGUCCAUCUUUUGCAACCGCAGCCAUGUAUCGCACAUUAUCAACGUCAUUAUGAAGACCUACACGUUUGAUACGCCCACGCUCCCAGAAGUAUGCAAAAGCAGCCGUAAAAGACAAAUGAAGUACAUGGUGGAUGCCAUGAGGUUUGCCCGCAAAGAUUACUUGUCAGCAGGAGCUAUAUUACAAAGUGCUGCUUUGGGUGAUGUGAUAGCCAAGGGAUUUUAUGCCACCGGAGGAGUUGGAUUAUGCUUUCAGACCCCAGAAGACCAAGUGCCGCGACCUGUCAUUGCCCUCGCGUUUGUCUUUAUGUACAUCCACAUGGGCAAGUUGUGUCGAGGAAAGAGGGACCAAAGGCCAUUGAAUAAUCGUCGUGCUAGCGUAUUUCGAGCAUCUCUCUACCACAACACAUUACACGGUGCCUAUGAGAAUGGAGAGAAAGUGGAUUGGGAUGAAGUACAACGUGUACAAACCGAGCACGUGCGUCAAAAACUGCGUUAUCAAGGAAUGUGCGAUGUUUCUCCAUUUAGCGCAGCUUAUCAACCAAAGUACCAAGACGGGGUGUACGUGUCUGAUAGUGGUGAAGAUUAG